UUUAAUUAAGUACCCUUUGCAAUGUGUAAAUUACUUUCUUAGUUCACUUUACAAUGUUUUAAUUUUAAAAUACAUUCUUGAAAAAAUUUAUGAAAAUUAGCAUAAAUAUUCAUGUAAAUUAGCAAGAAUAUGGCGGAGGCAUGCUGCGUUACGUGUUGUUCUCUUGACAAAUAAUAUUUUUUUAUCAUUCAACAGAGUAAACUACUUCUUUUUGAAAUGCCAGAAAACCAAACAACUCUUACUAGAAAUAGCAAUGGAGGUACAGGAGAGGAUUUCACUGUUGUCGAAUCAGGGUCAAGUAAAAAGACAGAUAGAAGGAAAACAGACCGUAGCGAUAAAGAAAGAAAAGUAAGUGAGGAUAUUUUGUUGACUGCCGAGGAUCUUCUGUACGAGAUUGAUGACGCUAUCAAACCUCAGAUUAGUAAAGUGGAGUUCAGACCUAGUACUGUUCACCUUGGAAUUGAUAAUGAAAUGCGCCGACAUGACAGAGUUAAAAUUACUAAUGAGCCAGGAACAAGUAAGUAUUUAGGGAACAAAACACGCAAGGAUACGUGUGUUAAGGCAUUUGAUAAAUAUGGGCAUAUUAACAUAGACGCAGUAGCAAAAUGGGUUACCAGUUCAAAUGUUGACAUUGAUUUGACCACAGAUACACAAAAAAAAACGAUCAUCCAGUUACGAAACAACAGAAAGAGAAUGAUAGCGUUUUUAAAAAGUCUGACGUAGCUGUAAAUGAAAUAGAUCAAAUAAUUGACGGUAUUUCAUCUAAAGAUCUUUUGAAAGAAAACAGAAAUUCAACAUCAAAAAUAGAAAAUAAUCCAUCAGUUUUAAAACAUGAUCUCAGUUCAUCUCAUACCACCAGCAUUCCGCAUAUGCCUGCAGAGUCAUUUCCAAAAGAUUUUAAACCAUUGCAGUCAAUUCGGUUACCUCCUAUUAAUAUCGAAGAAGUGAAAGAAAAAAUCCCAAACAAUACUGCCACAAAUACCAUAAGCAGUUCAUUCAUAUACACUAAACCAAAUAAUAAUUUGAUCUUAAAAGUCAGUGAAGUUCUAGGGUCUAAGAGAAAUGCAAAUGUAUCUGAAUGUCGAAAAGACAUUCCAUCUAACGGACAUGCAGCGGAACAUCCGCCGGAACCAGAAUAUAUACUUCCGGGUCAAGUGUCAGAAAAUAGCUUUGGAAAGAUCACAAGGGCAGUAAACGUUCGGAACAUAGAACUCGACUACAGUGCAGCAUUUGAACAACAAAAAGAUAUUAAAGAGAAUGACUGUGGAUUUGUCAGAUUUUUCAAGCGCUUUUGCUGUUGUAGUGUGAAGACAGACGACAAUCAGGAUCACGUAGAAGACCGCAUGGACGCUGUUGCGGAGAUAAGACGGAGUAUUCCAAGAAAAAUAUGGU